UAUCUUUUUCAGCAAAAACAUAAAAAAGUAUUAUCGAAACUGAACAUCAGAGGAUCUGAACAUGUAGAGGUGAUGCCUGGUCGGAACAUUGUGGACGGCGACUGUGAACUAAAAAACAUGCAUCUGCAUCAGUUGGGAGCUCUUGUUUCAGCCGGAUUUGAGGUAUCAGCCUUAGUAGGUGAAAAUAUAUUAAUCACCAGCAGCACUGCAAAAAACAAGCAUAUAACAUUGGCCUUAAACAACAGUGGCAUUAUUGAUGAGUUCGAUUCAAAUUACCUCCGAUCUAAUCUCAAUAGGGGCUACGAUAUUGCUAAAAACAAUGAUUCGAAUGAUUCAAACAUAGAUAAUAGUAAAAGAAUAAUACGAUUGAAUCAAGCUACGCUUGUUCCAAGUGAACAACAAAAACAAUACCAACAACAAAUGGCCAAACUAUGUUCAUAUAGAUCUUCAAGUGAAAACCGUAGUUCUGGGAAGGAUGAAAAUAACUUUCUCGACUCUAUGGAUGUUUGGUUUGGGCAUUAUCAACGAAAUAUGCUAUCAACUGAGGCGCUAUCUUCAGAGGAAUCUACAGCCCAAACCACUAUGAAACCUCUACACAUACGCUUCGAUGUACUGACAUCCAACACAAAUGAUGAUACAAACUCAAUGGCAGAACGGGAGGUUGGCUCCACAUUUCUAUUGCCGCAUACUCAUCUUUAUGAACCAGACAAGCAAGAGAGUGAUAUAUCUGGCUUCGACAUAUAGCGGAACGUUGUGAAAACUAGCAGUUGGUCUAAAAAUCAUUUAAGGAUUUUGAUUUUUAACAGUUUGGUAUUGGAAUAACAACUGAUAUGCAUAUUAACGACAAUAACUUACAGAGUUGAUUUUUCUAAAUUUCUUGUUUGAAAUAUGUUAUAAUUACGCAUUUGCGCAUGCGCUUUGGCCUACCUGGUGUACCUAUAUCUGCUCAGUUCAAAUGUAUGCCGUGUUAAUCAAACACUAUUAUUCAUAAAAUAUUAAUAGUAUAUUUAUCUAUAAUCAAUAACACUAUUCAAAUAUUUUAAACUUCAA